CCCGCUCCCCUGGCUCCAAGCGGUCCAAACCCCCGGCCGCCGUGCGCUCCAGCUCCGCCGGCCCCGAACGCGGCCAGAUCUCGCCCCGCAACCCCCGCGUCUACUCCUACAACAGCAUGAUGUCCGAUCUGUCCGAGGAGGCCAAGAUCAUCACCGAGGCCCUCGAGUUCCACGCCGACGAACACGGCCGCCGCCGCGGCGAGGGGCUCCAGAGCGGUCGCUCGUCCGCUUCCAGCAUCGACGACAAACGAGUCUCCAAGGGGAUCGAGCUGCCGCCGGUGCAAAAGUCCAACAUCAUGAUCGAUCCCCUCCCCAUCAGCAAGGAGAAGGAAAAGGUCCUCACCCGCACACGCCCCAGCUGGCUGCCCCCCAAGGACCAGAAGGAGGAAAAGCGGCAUUUGAGAGAAUACAAGCAGAUGAUGGCGCAAUCGCGCGAGUCCGAAAAACGCAAGGCGGCCCGGGCCGUCUCGGCCAAAUGUGAAAAGGACCGCACCCGCGAGGCGCUCCAGGAGAUCUGGGAUGCACACGUGUAUCCCAGUUGGGACGCCGCUCUCGGUGAGGGCCGCACACGGGAGUUGUGGUGGCGCGGGGUGCCGCCUCGCAGUCGCGGGGCCACCUGGGAGCGCGCCAUCGGCAACGAGCUGGCGCUCACCGAGGAGACCUACAAGAAGGCGUUGCACCGCGCCAAGGAGGUGCGGUCGGCGCCCGACAGCGACACCGGCGAGAGCCACAAGCGUAUGCGCGAGUGGUUCGAUGUCAUCGACGCCGACGUAUCCCGCGCCUUCCCGGACCUCCACAUCUUCCAAGAAGGGGGGCCCCUGCGAGAAACGCUGGUCGACGUCCUCCAGGCUUAUUCCAUGUACCGCAGCGAUGUGGGUUACAUCACCGGUCUUCACACGAUCGCGGCGUUGCUUGUGCUGCAAUUUCCCUCCCCCGCGUCGGCGUUCUUGGCGAUGGCUAAUGCGCUGAAUCGCCCCCUGCCCGUCGCGUUCCUCACCCUCGACCGCGGGGCCGUCAAUCGGACGUACACGCUGGCGGCCGCGACGCUCCGCUACAAGUUCCCCCGCGUCGCGACCCACCUGUACGAGACCCUGCGGCUCUCGCACGAGGAGAUCUGGGAGCCCAUGUUCCGCUCGAUGCUCACCAACGGGCUGGAUCUGGAGCGCAUCAGCCGCGUCUGGGACUGCUGGGUGUUCGAAGGCGACCGGAUCAUGAUCCGCGCCGCCGUCGCCAUCCUCGGCUGCCUGCAGACGCAGCUGGACGGGUUCACCCAGCCCGACGACCGGAGCCGGAUAGCGGUGCGCGAUAUCCUCGGCUGGGGUCCGCGCGACGUCGGGACCAAAUCCAAGGAACACCGCCACAGUGCGCCGGCGUCGUCGACGGGCGGGUUCGGCGGCGGACAACUGGCGCAUGCCGGGGAGGCAGAUUACUGGAUCUUGGACUCGGCGGGUGAUGAAGACGGGUUUAUGCAUCAAGUUCGGGAAGCGGGUAAGGUGCGGGACUAGGCGUUAUCAUCUUUCUACUUUCU